UUUAAAAGACCAGAGGCACUCGCCAGCAAUGAGAAACAAGACGAGAGAGCGGGAACCCCCAGCGUGCUGUCGAGAAAAGGGGGCUUCGGGGGGUGUCUGAAUUCCAGCAGAGGUCUUAGCGCUUCUUCCUUAACCUGGGUGCGGUAGGAGUUGUUCCAGCGCAAGUUAAGGAAGGUUGCAGUCUGCCUCUGAAAGUUUCUCUCAACGUCUUCCUGCUUGUUUGUAACUCCGCAUUUUAAUCAUGGACUGUCUGAAACUCUUCCCCGUCCUCCUUGUCGCCUUUGUGUUCCACCUCAGCUCGCUGGAAGGAGUACGGGCUGUCCCAAGCAGGUACUCUGCUGUUCCCCGUGAGUCAGACACCAUGCUCCCUGAGUGGUACUCCUGGCAGAUCCCAGUGCUGAGGAAGAGAUCUCCCACUGGCGGGUCAGCUGCAUUCCCCGUGCAAGAGCCUUUUAAGUCAAAGAGCGUCUUUGUGAAAAGGGGGAAGUGCAACACUGCCUCUUGUGUAACAUCACGUCUCGCAGAAUUUUUGAGUCGAACCCCCACCAAAUACAAACCAACAAAUGUGGGUCCAAACUCUUAUGGCAAGAGAGACAGCAUGGGACUGUACAGCAGAGAAUUUUUCAGUUACCUCGAACGCUAAAAUGCAGAGCAAUCUUUUCUAAACGUAGUUGGUUGUCACUAUAGCUCCAGUCUCGGUAGAGGUUUAAAGUGUUUGUCUAUUUUAGGAUUUCAAGCAGUUGUGCCCUGUUUCACUAUUCCUGAAUUUUCUUCUGCAUUGGAACAUUGCAUGGAUAUGAUCAGUUAUAUUGUGUUAUGUAAGUUCCCUGCAUGUUUUUAAUUUAAAUAUAG